CGUCAUCAUAUCCAGACGACAUGGCCGUCAAAUUGCGCUUGGGAGUCGACGUCGGAGGCACCAACACAGACGCAGUCCUGCUAGACAUAUCCCAGGGCAUCAUCGCGUCCGCCAAGCACCCGACCACGCCGGACGUUACGCGAGGCAUACAGCGCGCCAUCAAAGACGUACUCGACCAGGCACCGAAUGCGACCGACAUUCAAGCUCUUUCCAUCGGUACCACACACUUCGUCAAUGCGCUGAUCGAAAGAGAUCCAGCACGUUUGGACCGUGUAGCUGUCAUUCGUCUUUGUGGUCCUUUCACUCACGGGACCCCUCCGUUUGUCGGAUUUCCCCUUGACCUCAGGGCGCUUCUACAGGGCCCCUGCUUCCUUGUUUCGGGUGGCCUCCAGAUUGACGGCAGCGAAAUAUCUCCCGUGAAUUCUUGCGAAAUCGAAGCUGCCUGCAAGGAGAUUGCGAAGAUCGAUAUCAGUGCGGUCGUGGUCUCGUCGGUCUUUGCUCCGAUUGACUCUACGAUAAAGCAAGAAGAACAUGUCGCCUCCAUAGUGCACACGGCGCUAAGCCAUGUCGACGUAGUAUGUUCGAAAGAUGUUGCUCAUCUUGGGCUCCUGGAGAGAGAAAAUGCAGCCAUUCUCAAUGCCUCACUACUCAGAUAUGCUAAGAUGACUGUCGCAGGCUUCCAGCGGGCUACCCGUUCUCUGAGUCUCAAAUGUCCUGUUUUCAUCACCAGCAACGACGGGAUGCUGCUCAGUUGCGCACAAGCCAGCCAAAUGCCCGUUAGGACAUUUUCGUCUGGUCUAACUAAUUCCAUGCGAGGAGCCGCAUACUUGGCCGAUCUCGAAUCAGGUGUCUCAAGGCAGUCUGCGUUAGUUGUCGACAUUGGAGGUACGACGACUGAUAUUGGCAUGCUCCUGUCCACUGGCUUUCCUCGUCAGGCGGCAGCCCACCAUGAACUCUGUGGAAUUUUACUAAACCUGCCCAUGCCCCAUGUCACCAGUAUUGGGUUAGGCGGUGGCUCACUCAUUCGCCAAAGUCCCUGCACGGGAAAUGUAGCUGUUGGACCCGAUUCCGUGGGGCACAGAAUCUCAUCUGAAGCCCUUGUCUUCAACGGGUCGACACUGACUGCCACUGACAUUGCCGUUGCCGUGGGCCGUGCCUCAAUUGGAGACUCCUCCCUUGUGGCAAACAUUGAUCCAUCCAUCAUCGAUGGAGCACAAAAAGCCAUCAAGGUGAUGCUUCAAAAUAUACUGGACGUCAUGAAAACUUCCGUAGCGGACGUACCUAUCUAUCUAGUUGGAGGAGGUUCCAUUUUGGCACCCGACGAGCUAGAGGGUGUGAGUCGCGUGCAUCGACUUCCCCAUUAUGAUGUCGCCAAUGCGGUGGGCGCAGCCAUUGCGCAGAUCUCCGGCAUUGUAGAUUCGUUUGAAGAUACCUCGUCUAUUUCGGUGUCCGAAGUUAAAAAGAUUGUUGAAACCAGGGCUAUUGAACGAGCUAUCUUCGCAGGAGCUGACCCGCAACGCGUCGCGAUUAUCGAAAGCGAGAUCAUCCCCAUAGCAUACACCUCCGGUCGGUGCCGCUUCUAUGUCAAGGCCGCUGGCGAGUGGGACAGCUCCUCUACGCAAGGCCACUUAGAUGCCUGUGAAGGCAAAGACGGAUCUACUAUUUGUCCUUCGCCUCCGGGAACAGAACUUCCAGACCACGGGGAACACAUAAAUGCCCCCUACCAUCCACUUGCAGCCCCAAAUGAGUUGGACAUCAGUUCAUAUGUUCCGAACGUGCAAGACAACCAAUGGCUCUUAUCUGAGACAGAUCUCGAGUGGAUUGCCGACGGGUGCUAUGUCCUCGGUUGCGGAGGUGGCGGUUCCCCGCUGCACACCUUCCUCGAGCUGAGAGAGAUGGUUAGGACGGGUUCACUCAUCCGUGUCGUGGAUCUGGCAUAUAUGCCCUCAGAUGCCGUGGUAGGCUGGGGUGGUGGGAUGGGCAGCCCUGAGGUGUCGUCAGAGCGACUACUCGGAAAGGAGUAUCACGAGGCAUGCGAGGAACUGUGGAAGCUCGUUGGGAUAACCAAGCCGGAGGCGCUCUGCGCGCUAGAAAUUGGGGGUGCUAAUGGCAUGAUCAAUUUGAUCAUGGCUGCCAGCAAGAACUAUGACAUACCCAUUAUUGACGGUGACUUUAUGGGUCGUGCUUACCCUACGCUACACCAAACAACCCCGAACGUGUUUGACAAGAGCGGAAAGGGCUUGAACUUCCUCCCCAGCGUCAUUUCCAGUGGAGAUGGGAAUAUUAUGGUUAUGACCAGGGCCAAACGGGACACAGAUGCCGACGCUGCCCUCAGAGCCGCUUGUGUUGAGAUGGGGACGCACGUUGGGUUGGCCUCCAAACCACUCAAAGCCAACGACUUGCCAGUGAUGAUGAUUGCCAACACUGUUUCCCUGAGCUGGCGUAUCGGCAGGGCUAUUGCGUUAGCUAGGAGGCGAUCCAGCAUCGGGCAGAUCGGGCAUAUCAUCGUCGACGCUGUCGGGGGUUCGAGGUCUGCCAAGGUGCUUUUCAGUGGAAAGAUCACAGAUGUUCGGAGACGGCUGCACAAGGGCCAUACGAUUGGAGAAGUUGUCAUCACUGCGUUGUCCUAUGGAAAGGACGACUCAUCCGAGGCGGUCGAGAAGUUCACCGGCAGUCUCGUUGUCCCGUUCAAGAACGAGAACCUCUACGCUGAACACACAUCCAAGGACGGCCAGAAAACCAUUAGAGCAGUAGUCCCGGACCUCAUAUGCAUCCUAGACGCCCAAAAUGGCUCUGCCCUCGGCACACAGGAGUACAAGUACGGUCUUAGGGUGGUCGUGAUUGGCAUCACCGCUGCUCCGCAAUGGACGGGCACACUUCGGGGGAUGGCUGUAGGGGGACCAGCGGCAUUCGGUUUUCACGUGCCAUACGUGCCACUCGGGGUGUAUAAUCGACCGAAGUCGGUUAUCGAAGAAUACGGGCACCGAAAUUGAGGUUCAAGUAUAUGGAAGAGCCCUUAAUGAGAUGUCAUACCAUUGUAUACCUAGCUACCCUCGAUACAAGCGUGAAUAAGCCCCGUAUCGGUUUUGUGAUAGAUUUAGCGCGAUCAACGCAC